AUGUAUAUAAAUAAAGGACAAUCUUACAAAACUUUAUAUGCAUAUUAAUAAUCAAUAAACUUUUAUUUGUUAAUUUUUAUAAUUUAUGAUAAACUACUUAUUGACUAUUCUUCAUUCCCUUUUACUGAGAGAAGAGUGAGUCAUCUAGUUUUAAAUUAGAUUACCUCAGAAUCAAAAACAAAAAUCAGAGAUGAUUUCAAAAAAACAAUCAAGAAGAAUUCACUAUUGCAUUCCAUGAGAAUGCUGAAAGAACAUGAAUUAGAUGAACCUACACCAAUAGUUACAGAGAAGUAAUUAUAAGCUAAGAAAUUUAUUAAUUUAAAACCUUUAAAAAAGGCAAUUGAAAAAAUAACUCUUAUGAGAUAAGAACAAUUGAGCAGAAGAAAAUCAGCAUAUGGUGAUCAAUUUGGCGAGAUGACAGCAAAAUAAUUCCAAAAUCUUCCAACAACUAUUGAAUAACAUAAAUAAAUUGAUGGAUAAAGAUUUGCCUUAACAAGUUUCGCUGAUAUUUUGGAGAGAAAAAAAAGAAAAAGAACAACUAAAAAGCCAAGUCUCAUAAGAUAAUUAUCGAAGUAAGAAUCCUUGGUUGAAUAUGAUCAUCUGGAAAGACCUCCAUCCUGUAAGACUCCUCCAAAGCAAAUAAUUAUUAAAUAACAACUUAAAUCUCAGUUAGAGCUAACAAAAGAAAAAUAAUUCAAAUAAUUUGAUAAGAAGAUGAUUAGCUUUUUAUCUGGGAAACCAGCAGAAGUUAAAGAAUUUGUACAAAGAAAAAAAGCAUAUACGAUAAACUAUUAAGUAACUACACCUUAAUCUUCAUCUAUAACAGGAAAUCAUAGAAACUCAACACUUUUUCCAAGCUUACAUAUAAACAAAUUUGAUAGAUACUAAACUAAUUAUUAUGAAUCAAAAUAUGCACCUUAACUUAGUAACCGUUAGAUUUAGAACAGAGUUAGACCCUAUAUUACAUAUAAUAGGACCUUAAUAAAAUUCAUAAAGUCAGAGAUAAAAAAUGGUUCAUAAACAAUGCAUAAGUCGAUUUAUAAUUUAUGA